UGUGUCCUUGCUCCCAGCAACGAUCUGACACAGACCAAGAGUCAUGAAAGAGCUGGUGUUGGAUUCAGGAAACUGUUGGCUGUUGCGCUUAGUCAGUGCUCCAAUGUUGUAGUUGUGGAUUUUCCUCCACGUUACAACAUGGAGAUGUAUCCUCAGGAGAUGCUGCGUCAGGAGUACAGACGUGUUGCUGCUGAAGUGGGAGUAAAGUAUCUGUCUGCAGUGGAGCAUUUCUCCUUGGAUAAAUCUGAACUGUGGGCCCAAGAUGGUGUUCAUUUGUCUGACACUGAUGGAAUGCCUAUCCUCGUUCAACUGCUGUGGAAGGCGUCAUAUACGGCAACACGUGACGUGGUUCAAGUCCCUCGGCCUGUGACUGUUCCUGUUAGAUCAGCAUUGAAGUGUGUUCCUGCUACAGUAGCACCUGAAAAAAGUUCUGCCAUUGUGAGGGGAGUUGAGGUUACACCACCUCCUGCAGUGAACCUUGAUGAGUGGACAGUGGUUGGCUCAAAGCGGCGCGCAAUGGGAUCAAGUUCAUCUCAUGUACCUCCCAAGAGAGAAAGUCUUCACCAGCAGCCUGUGGUGAGAGACUGCUUCAUCCCACUAAACCCUGUCCGGUUCAGCCAUGCCCUACUUGAGGAGAUGGACAAACUUACUCCAUCAGCUCUACAGCAACCAGAUGUGACGGCUGUUCCAAGACGCAACCCGUUGCUGUGUAAGAAGCAGAGGUCCAUGGUGGCUGAGGUCAAGCGGAGACCCAAUCAACGACAGAGGGGCGCAUCCAGUGCUGUUGUGAAGUCACCUGGAAUGAGUAGUGUGAAGGUGCAGUUUGUUGACAAUGAUCGCUCGCAAGGAGGCAACAAAGGUAAGUGUGUUGAGGAACAUCGCUUGCAAGGAGGCAACAAAGGUAAGACUAAGUCUCUUUCUGUUAGGGUUCGUGAUAUUAAGAGGUCAGUUCGUGGGAGUUUCCACCAAGGAGACGCUCGGUUUGAAUUUAGAGGUGUUCAGUGUAUGGCUAUUAGUCUAGUAGCUGUCGCUAAACAUACCACCCACAGUGUGUUUUCAUGGCAGUCAGCUGACCUUGAUCGGGUUGUAACAUUGGGUGAUGAGUUGUAUUCUUCUCUGAGAAAGAAUAAUAAGAUCAGUGGAGGAUCUGAGCUUCUUUGUGUUCCAGAUUUACCCAAGCAGCAAGUUAUUGAUGGCGAGAGUUUUGACUUUGAAUAUGGUGAUUUUGUAACUGGUGAUGUAAAUGUGGUUAGUGGAGACCUUGUUGUGGCAGGAGUGUUGACUCCUUUAAAGGAUGGUUUGGCACAGAUUUGUGGAAAGUAUGACACUUGCUUUCUGACAUUGAAUUGCAAUACUUGUGCAAUAAUUAAGGAGAAUGGAAUGUACGCUGUGGUAGAUUCUCAUUCUCGUAAUACAAAUGGGAUGGUUGAUGUAAAUGGAUUCAGUGUUGUUGUGGUGUACUGGUGCCUUGAUCUUGUGUUUGACCAUUUUGUCAAGUUAGCAAAUAUGAUGAACCUAACACAGAACUUUUUUGAGAUUGCAGGUGUACGCGUUAUUCCCACUGCUCCCGCCGUCAACUCCACAUUGCUCUUUGGCUCUACUGUUACACAGACUGAGCAAAAAAAGUAGCAGAGCUUGAAGCAACAGAAGUCUCCAGUCCAUCCCUGCCAG